AUGGCACGGGUGCGCGUAUCUCCCCCUCCGUCAACAGAUCCGCCAGCGCAUCCGCCAGACCCCGACCUCGAGAGGUUGCGCCGCACGUCCGCUGUGGAGAACAACGACCAAACGCUCAAGGAGUACCGUGCAUGGUGGAAGACAGAGCAUGCUGCUUAUGCAACGGUAUCAACACCCACCUUCGACUACUCAGAACAGCUUCCAGAAGACCUGCGAACGCUUCUACGGCAUGCCAUCAAGGGCGACAUCACCGCGACUGACACCACACGCGCUCGCUGCCUUCAAUCGCUGGUCGCUCUAGAGCAGUCCGACUUCUGGAGACUCUCAUUGCUAGACGCAUUUGGUCUAUUUGGCAAACUUCCCUUGAACAACCGCGAUUUCCUUCAGAAUUUGCGCCGCCUUGAAACACCCGCGACGACUUCCGCAACGGAUCGCAUCCAAGUGUUCACAGCGCUCGAGAAGGUGGCCUCUCAGCGUCGUGAUCGAGUCCUCCGACCAUGGGCACGCUCCAAUGUGGCCAAGAAUCGCGAAUGGGCGGCAUACGAUGUCUAUGCGGUACUUCGGGACUUACAGGCCAAGCAGAGCGCCGCCGUGGAGGGCAGCAGCAGCGACAGCAACGAACAGAUUAGCACAAGCUCGCCGAUCCGAAACAAGGGCAAGGACGGAACAGAUCACAGGGUACUAGGAAGUCAAGAAAAUGCAGGCCACGAUGAGCAAUGUGAAGAUGAGGAGGAUCAAGGCGAUGAUAAUGGCAGCGUCGAGGGCGAUCAAGAACAGCAGACACAUAAGCCAGAGCAGGCCGAGGACGAGCGCGACAUCGAAGUUGGGCGGGGCGGAUUUAGCAACGACGGGCUCGUGGUAGAGGAAGGUGACAGUACAUCAUUCUUCCCGAGACUGAGGUCCUUGCCUCCGUCCGAUAAUGAAUCGUCGGAGCUGCCUCCGUACUUUCCUCGACCUCGCGACAGAACACCCACACCGCCAUCUCCAUCACCAACACUAACACCAACACCAAUACCGACGUCGAAGCAGCCCACAGACCUAUGUACACAUAUGUCUGUGCAUACAAAACGUCCUCUUCCAGACCCCGACGAAGUGAUGGCCCUCGGAUGCAAGAAGUCCAAGCGCACCAGACGCCACACCAAAUCUCUUAUGCCUAUUACCGCCUCACGCCCAGCGGCUUCACUUUCGGCUUCUAUCGCCGCUAUAGCCGUAUGGACCGAGUUGCUCGAGCAAGCGUGCGACUGCCUCGUCUUCAGCCAAACAUACGAACAAAAUUCACAUGCGCUACGCGCAGCCACCGUCUCACCUUCACCUACCCAAUCGCACUGCGUCUUCUUCCGACCCGAGCAGCAUCAUACCGAGUGGCAACUCCUCUACCUCGACUUCCAGACCAAGCGAGCCAGCACCUUCCGUCCCUUCCGAUCAGCCACGGCCCCGAAUCAUGGAGAGUGCCUUUUGGAAAGCUUGAGCCACACUAUACGUGGGAUCAAGUUUGACCACAAGGUUGUCGAGCUCAUACCCGACGUCAAUGACCCAGACACUACCGAGCACGAUCCUCCACAGAACAGCCACCUGCUAGUCGCCGCGGUUGCCGCAUUUCUGUGCAGUGAUGAUGGUCCACCGGAGCAAGUGUCGCCACGGCUCUGGGCAAGAAUCUUGGACUUUCUCGAAGCCCACGCCACUGACACUCACGAGUCCCCCGAUCUCGACCCGUCGACACUAUUCCCGCUGAACGAUCCCACAGAGUGCGAACGAAUAGCCAGACAAGAAGCCAGGCCUGACUUUCCUCCCACCUCAUCUGCAUCGUCGGCUCCGUUGGCGUUGCAGCAGCUAGAAGAGGCUUGGCAGGUGGCGGAAGCAGUGUGUACCAACUUCGAGGAUGUUGAACACAGGGUUGCGUUUCUAGUCGCAGAGGCUCAGGUGAUACGCAAAAUCAUCAAGGCCGUGGGUCGGACCGGUACGAAUACAACACCUGCCAACAGGGCUGGCCAGCUCACCAAAGAGCUUGAGAAACUUCAGGCCGGGUUUGAACAGCUUGAAAAACUCGGAUGGCCGGCAGGUACUUCGCGCGAGGAUUACCUUGUCAACCUUGACAAGACGAAGCAGGGCAUCGCGGAAGCUGAGAAGACUCCUGCUCAGAGUGCUAUAGGCUCAGCUGCCGCACAACUUGAUAGCAAGGUCUGCUCGAUAAUCGCUGACUUUGGCGAGUACAAACGCUGCUAUCGGAGGGCCAGGGAGAUGUUGGAAGAUGGCAUGCGCGCGCUUCACGCUAAGUGA